AUGACGGGAAGCAAGGAAUGGUUUUCUGAUUUUGAGGAAGGAUUAUGCAAAACUGUGAAACUUGGAAAUAAUACUACAAUGAAAGUAGUUGGAAAAGGAAGUAUCCGAGUAAAAAUACAUGGUUUUACUCAGGUAAUAUCAGAUGUUUAUCUUGUCCCUGAGUUGAAGAAUAAUUUACUCAGUUUAGGCCAACUUCAAGAGAAGGGUCUAUCCAUCUUAAUCCAGCAAGGCAGCUUGGUAUCAAGAGCCUUUGUCGAGAAGAACCUAAGGGGUAUUGUGUCUGGGCACAGUGUAACUGGCCAAGCGUGGUUGGAACGUCCAAAGAAAGGAGUUCUUACAGUAGAAAGAAGGGUUGAUGGCUGA